AUGUCUACCGGCAUCGAUGAGGCGGCCGGCUCCUCUUCCUCAUCCGCGAGGCCAGCCGAUGAUAUCGCCUCAACGGCGGCCGAUGAGACGGCGGGCUCAGUGCAACUUCGCAAUGGCGUCAUGAGUCCAGGAAGUCCAGCCUCGGACGCCGACUCGACCAUCAACAGCACCUCCUUCGCACCCAGCAUUCUCGCUUCUCGCCUUGGCAGGGGAAUCUACAGCUCUGCAGGUGCUGCAGAAUCGAUGCUCAGUCUGUCUGGCUCGGGCUCAAACUCACCAGCUCUCGCGCUUACUGGCUUCAAUGCUAUCUCGACCGUCCUGAACAAUCCCUCGAAACGCCAGCAUCCCAUCGAUCCCAAGUCGUCUCGCUUCCCCUCAAUCACUCCCAAUCACACCCCCGCAGAGAUCCCAAAGGUGAAAAAGUCCGAGCUCGAUCCAUACCUUUCAUCAGUUCGCCCAGAAUGGGAUCGCUUCAUGCGCAAUCAAAGCAUAGGCAGGCAGGGCAAGGCCACCAUCGAGCAGCAGCAACAGCAACAGCAGCAGCGCUCUGCUGGUGACGCUUCCGUGGACUCGGAACCGCUAGGCAAGCAAGGCCCGCGGCAUCGCUCGACUCCCAGCAUCGCUAAGCUGACGGCUGACCUUCAAGCUGUUCCACCACCACAGCCGCGCAAACGGCUCCCCAAUCUCAGUGCCGUGCCGCAGGUCUUCUUCUCAGAAGAUUUUGACCUCGGCAACCCAUACACUUUCGAUCAGGUCACAGAACGCUACAAGGUUGCGUCAUCAUCAUCACCGACAGAGACGAAUGAUGGAUCGUCUCCUACCUACGAUGUUGCUCUGAAUCAGAUGCUGCAGGAGAAGCUCAGCUACUACUCGGAUGUCAUCGAACAGCACCUCAUCAUCGAGAUUGGCCAGCAAUCGUCUUCGUUCUUCGCCGCUCUCGAAAACCUCAACGAUCUCAACGCAGAGGCGGAAAGCUGUCUGCUCAAGAUCGAUGAGCUCAAGUCCGAGCUCGACUCUAUCGACGAGAAGCAGGCUAAGAAGGGUCUUCGCGUCAUCCGGGAGCAGCAGCACCGACGUCAGCUCGAACGUAAGCAGGUCGCAGUCCGGGACGUACGCCAGGUGAUCGAGCGACGCGACCUUGUGCGCUUGCUCCUGCAGCAGGGCGAGACCGAAGAAGCGCUCGAUCUUCUCGACAAGCUCAGAUCGACACUGCGUCGCGCUGAAGAUCAACCAGCACCAACUGCAACUGGCGUCGAAACCAUACCAAGGGCCGGCAAUCGCGUUGCUCCAACGGACAGUGGAAUCGUUUUGUCUGACUUGCAAGGUCUGGCUAGCGUUCCUGCGCAGCUCGAGGAGAUGGAGCAGACCUUGUCAGGCAUGCUCGAGCAGGACCUCACCGCCGUGCUCAAACUCAACAUCGAAGAACGACUAUCGACGUUUCGACAGAGUGGUGCGUCCUCUUCACCGUCCGAUACAAAUGGCUACUUCAAGGAAAGCGCCAGCGAACCAGGACCACCUUCUCUCAAUCCAAACGCUGCGAUCAUCGAGUCGCCUCUCACGCCCUCUAAACCUCCGUUGUCACCCUUCGGUCACUCUGCUCGUGCCUUGUCAUCCAGCGAGUCCGUGCUGGCAUCACGCAUUGGCCCACUCGUCAUUGGACUUGCGAAGACCGGAGGGAUCGAAAAGGCGGUGUCGACAUACCGAGACGUAGCCAUUCAGGCAGUUCAGGAGGCAUGGAGAGAGACGCUGUCACACUCAGGUUCCGAGAUGAUCGAGACCGUCCGAUGGCUACUCUCCGAAGAAUCGUCCAAGCUGGACGGCCACGACAACUUGCCGGCCCCUGCCGCACGCAUCCGUGACCUGGACCAUGCUGCAUUCCUCGGCAUGUGCCGGCAGCUCUUCGACACUCUGAUGGAAUGUCUCAAGGCCAUCGACGCUCAAUGCAAACUGGUGCCUCGCAUCUUGGACGGACUGGCUGCACGCACUUCGUCCGCGGGAAGCACGACGGUCGACACCGAUCGCAACCUCGAGGUUGGUGCGGCACGAGACGGAUCCUCGUCAGGCCUCCCUCUUCCGCCAAUCAUGCCGCCAGGGGUUCCAACCAAUCUUCCAGCCAAGCUUUCCGACGUGGUGGUCGCUUCUGCGGAAAAGGCUCACGGCCUGUGCGCUCGUCUCCUUUCUCUGCGAGCCACAACGCACGCAGCCCUCGAGCUGCCUCCUUUCCUCGUCGUUUUCCAGUUGUGCUGGAGCUUCGUUCUGUCGUCCGAACAGCUCUGCCGCAAGAUGAUCGUGGGUCUGCGUGGCACAAUCCUCGGUCAGGCAAAAGGCUUUUUGGCCAACUUUCAUCGUCGACGCAUCGAGCGCGCUGCCAAGGCCGUCGAGGAGGAGACAUGGGCACAGGCUGAUGUUGGCGCCGAGAUCCAAGACCAGAUUCGACAGAUCGUCAGCAGUGCCGUCGAAGAUCCCAGCAAGUUUGUUGUCACCGGCGGCGGGAUUUCCGCUGAUUCAGGCAACGCCAAAGAGGCAACGUCAGCUCAAGGCGACGAUGCUGGCGAUGAUGGAGCUCCUGCUUUAGCCAAAACGCUCGACAUCGAGGACCGCCCCUACUUUGUCGUUCAAGCCAGCCUCGAUGUCCUCGCACUACUCGUCGACUAUCUCAAGGUCAUCAUCAAUCUGCCUUUGCUCACCACCGAGGCUAUGGCGAGGGUCGUGGAAUUUCUCAAGCAGUUUAACUCGCGCACGUGUCAGGUCGUGCUUGGCGCUGGAGCGAUGCGAUCGGCUGGCCUCAAGAACAUCACUGCCAAGCAUCUGGCGCUUGCAUCUCAGUCCCUGUCUGUCAUGAUCUCGCUCAUCCCGUACAUUCGCGAAACGGUGCGUCGUCACCUGUCGCCGAAGCAAGCGGUCAUGCUCACUGAGUUUGACAAACUGCGUCGCGACUUCCAGGAGCACCAGUACGAGAUUCACGCCAAGCUGGUCGCCAUCAUGUCGGAUCGCCUCACCGUGCACUGCCGCACCUUGAGCGGCAUCGACUGGAACGCCGACAAGUCAGCUGCCGAAGGUCAAGAGAAUGCUGACAGCAAGGACAUCGAGCCAAACAAGUACGCUGUCGACCUGGUCAAGGAGACUGCCACGCUGCACAAGGUCCUGAGCAAAUAUCUUCAAGGUGUCGUUGUUGAGCAUGUCAUCGGCCAGGUGCUCCGUGCCAUCGAUGACCGCAUCGCGCAAGAGUUCGACAAGAUGGAUGUCAGCAAGCAACAAGCCGUCGAUCGCAUGCAGGCCGACGUUCGCUACCUUGGCACCAAGCUAUCCGUGCUGAAGCACGUCGAAUGGAAAGACGAGGCUUUGCAGCAGGUGAUGGCAUCCAAGCACGUCGUGCCGCCUGCCCCGGUUAAUGCAUCCGCGACUGCGGGCACCUCUGCCGGCAGCAAUGAGCUGCCGCCAGGCUCGCCCGCCCUUGACAAAACUGGAGCGUCGCAGUUCGGACCCGUCACGUACAAGCCGCGAAUCCCGAACAUCUUUGCACGUCGUCAGCAGCAACAGCAGAGCCAGACAAACAGUCCUCGGGCUUCCACAGACGUGGCACGCACUUCGACUCCAAUGGAAUCACAGAAGUCGCUGGAGACGACGCCGCGGUCCAGCUUGCAGAUUCAGCAACAGCCUCCUGCCGGAAGCGAGAACGGUACCACUGCAGAGCCGCAGCAAGCUCACGAAUCCGGUCCGCAGACUCCUGCCAAGUCGGCCGCCACGGGUGCUCGCAGUAUCGCAGAGGAAGUGGAUGAUGUUCCGCCAGCAACACCGUCCAAAGGCCAGGAGACUGGUUCGUCCAUCAUUGUCAAGGAUGAGGACGCGGACGCAGAGGGUGCUGAAGACCUCGUGGCACCUGUUGUCCCCGCGCCGGAAGCAGUUGCCAAAUUGCUUGGCGAGAGCAGUUCGACCUCUUCUGACGCUCCUGCAGCCGCCAGCAGUGACGGAGACGCUACAGCAGCCAGGACUGAGACCGAAGCGACUGCGGAAGCGAGUCAAUGCGUGGAAGAACUGGACGGACAAGGGGCGAAGGCUGUCUCUGGCGAACAGCAACAGGAAGGGAACGCGAAGGCUGGGGCCUCCGACGCAGCAGUGAUGGACGACACUUCGGAAGCGGUCAAGAAUGCACGAGAGGAUCGCGCCUCUGUUCAGCCGAAGGACGCUCCAGCAGCACCAUCGGAAGCCGCCCAGAUAGGAGGACCGCCGCAGUUCUCGACGCCUCAGAAGGACGCGCGCGGGUUCAAUCCGUCCCUCGCUCAAUCGGCCGUCAUUGGCACGCCAAGCGAAGCGUCUCCGGUCCGUAGCGGCGCCUCCACGCCGAUAGCGCCUGCAACACCCAAGACACCUACAGGAACAGCGCCGUCCAAGCCGGGCAGGAUGUCUCUCAAGGAGCGUCUGGCCGAAGCAGCCCGAAAACGAGCACAGCAGUCGGCACCCUUGGAUCGAAGUGGCAGUCAAGUCGAGCCGCGACCUACUGCGCCCGUCGCACCUGCUCCCUCCGCCCCUGAUGAGACGCCAGCAAAGGAAGGUCACAACGAAGUCAAAGGUGAUCCGACUGCUCAUCCACCCGAAUCCAAGGAUUCGACAGCCGAGACGACUGAAGCGUCUCAGACGGUCUCUGCGAGCGAUGCCACUGCCGCACCGACAGACGAGGCUGCGGCUGCCGUCGCUGCAAAGGAUGCCGACGCCUCAGAUGCCAAGCCAGUGGUCGAACAAGGUGCUUCGCUCGAGAGGAGCGCCAACGCUCAUCGAGCGGAUAACGGCUCGGUGGAAGAAAAGCAAGAUGUUGCACGCACACAAGAGACUCCCGACGGAGGCAUGUCAGACAAGGCCGCUACGGUGGAGACGACAGCACCGACCCUCGUGGAAGCCGCAGGUGGAGCCACUCGAGCUAGCGCCGAAGAGGCUGCAGACGUUGCGAGCAGCACACCUGCUGCCAAGGCUGCUGCCGGUGCGGAAAUCGACACGACUCCCUCCACCGUCGAUGGCACAGAAGCACCCGAAGGUGCCUUGAAAAUCGCCACACCUGGAGCAGAAGUAAGCGCCGAGCGGGACGGAGAUGGAGAUGAGGCAGACGGUGACGGAGACGCAGAGGCAGACACUAACGAAGGAACCAAUGACUCGGCCGUUGGAGGUGGGUCGGGUGCAGGCGGCAAGAAGAACAAGAAGAAGAAGAAGAAGGGCAAGAAGAAGUGA